AGCCAUAAACCGGAACGCGAGAGAAAGAGAACAAGAGCUACCCAAACAUAUGUUCGAACAACGAGGAGUUUCUUCUAAAGAUGACCUUUUAUGGCUUGAACUUGAAGGCAACAAACUUGGUGAAGAUGAAAGAAAGGAACUCGAAGAACUUGGAAUAGGAGGUUGCUAUAUUUCAAUUUGUGGAGCUUCAUUUUUAGUUGGAAGUUUAAAUUAA